AUGCUGCCUUUUGCGGAUCAUAAGGACCUCUACAAGACCAUCAACAAUAUUCCAAUUGGUGGCAUCAACUGGCAGUCCUUCAAAAUUCAGUAUUCCAGAGAGAAACCUAAUAUACUGAAUGUGCCUUCAUGUAUGAAUCAACAAUUCGAUUCAGUCAGUAAAGACGAACACCAUUACCAAGACUUCAUGUCAGGUGACUGGGCCUGGCAUCAAGCGGAUAUCAUCGCUACUGACCCUGACGUGCUCAGUGCAACAUUUGUACCCAUAAUAAUUGGAAGCAACAAAACAACUGUAUCUGUCGGCACCAAAAACAAUGAAUAUUAUCCAUUGUACCUGUCUAUUGGAAAUGUAUGCAACAAUAUACUCGAAAUGUUCAAGAAACCUAUGUUAAAGCCUAAGAUCACACAUUUUGGUGAUGGCCAUUAUCGAUAUGUCAUUUAUGGGCUAGGACCAUAUAUUGCCAACUAUGAAGAGCAAGUUCUACUCACAUCCAUUGUGAGGAAUUGGUUCACUCCCCAUGGAAAACUGAACAAUGAGGAUGUGCUAUGCCAAUGCAAGGCACACAGAGAGGCCCUCUUCAAAGAAGACACAUCUGAUGGGUCUAUCGUACCUUUUACUAACAACUUUCCUCAAGCCAACAUUCAUCAACUGAUUGCCCCAGAUAUCCUUCAUCAAAUCAUCAAAGGCUGCUUCAAGGACCAUCUUGUGAUAUGGGUGGAGAAGUACCUCCAUCAUGUUCACAGCAAAAGGGAGGCUGAAUGUCAAAUAGAUGACAUAGACCAACGACUCGCUACCGCUACUCCCUUCACUGGUUUGCGAUUACUGUUCAAGAUAUAUCUACCUGCGAUAGAGGGUCACAUGCCAACAGAUGUUGUCUGCACAUUUCGCGCAUUUUUAGAGUUCUGCUAUCUCAUCCAAAGGAACGUCAUCACAGAGGCCACGAUCUCACAAAUACAAGAUGCUCUAUGCUGCUUUCACCACUAUCACUCAAUAUUUCUUCGAUCAGGUGUUGUCCCUGCAUUUUUGCUCCCAUGUCAGCACUUGAUGAAGCACUAUCCUGACCUUAUCUGUCUAUUCAGAGCACCAAAUGGUCUAUGUUCAUCAAUGAUGGAAAAUAAACACAUCAAAGCUGUGAAGCAACUGUGGUGUCAGUCGAACAGAUACAAUGUGCUUGGACAGAUGCUUGUGAUGAAUCAGCGACUCAAUAAAAUUGCUACUUUGCAUGUAGACUUCACGAAAUGUGGUAUGCUCAAUGGUACAUGUCUUAGCAAUGACCUGCACCAAACCAGUUUGCCCAAUGCUGAUAUUGAUGAUAAUCUUGAUGAGGGUGAAAUUGAUAAUGGGCUGACUGAAAUCGAGGCCCAUGUGCAGCUUGCACAAACAACCUCACUCACUAUUGAGCUUUCUAUUCUGAACAUACAAGAUCUUAUCGAUCACUUUCUCUUCAAACAACUUCACCCUCAUGACCCUCAUGACCAUGCCACCAUCCCACUUGACAGUUUCCCCAUCUAUGAUGGGAAAAUCUCUGUGGUUAAUUCUGCAUCAUCAAGAUUUUAUGCACCGAGUGACUUAAAUGGGAUUGGAGGGAUGCAAAGGGAACAUAUUCAAUCCUGCCCUAAAUGGAGGAAUGUGCAUGCUUGCUAUGACUGCAUGUUUAUAAAUGUGCAACCAGACCUUGAAGGAAUUACAAGUGAUGCCCCUGAUGAAGACACAGGCAUGUGGGUAGUUCAGCCAUCCUUUGAUGGUCACUCUCCAAAUAUUUUGGUGAUACACAUUGAUGCAAUCUAUUACACAGCUCAUCUCCUUCCUGUUUACGGUGUUGAUUUCAUCCCUCAUGCUAUCAAUUUUCUGAACACUUUAGAUAAAUUCCACACUUUCUAUGUCAACAAAUUUGCCGACCAUCAUGCAUUUGAAAUUGCAUCUUAA